ACUCCCGGAAGUGGAGGCGUAACCCCCACACGUGUGGUGUUUGACAACCUUGAAAGGACUAUAAUACACUUAAUACACAGGAAACAACAAGACAAUGCCGUCGCCGAGACUAAUAUUUCCCUUUUACCAAAUUGGGAACCCACAGUUGCGGCUCUUCAGACCAAACUGGUUCCUUACGUUGGUGCGACCGGGAACCGAGCAGCCUCCAGACACAGUUCAGUUUCGUAUCCCCAUGGAAAUGACCAAGUGUGACGUGAAGAACUACUUGGAGAAGAUCUAUAACGUCCCUGUGGGAGCAGUUCGCACCAGGAUACAGUUUGGUUCCAACAAGAAGAGGAAUCACUUAAACCAGAAGGUCAAGAAGCCCGAUUACAAGGUGGCUUAUGUUCAACUGGCUCAAGGUCAAAUGUUCACCUUCCCCGACAUCUUCCCCGAGAAGGUCACAAAACCAGAGGAGGACUCGAUGGAGGGAGUGCAGGAGAAGUUUAUGGAGGACGAGAAACAGAGGCAGAAAUCUGACCCACGCAGAGGCGGGGUCACCGAUUGGUUCGGCCUUUGAGAGACACUGCUGAUGGGAACUCUGUGUGUUGGUGCUCCGCUGGAACAGAUCCAUAUCGACUUACACUGCAACUGUUGUCAUGUCUCUUCUAUUUCGGAAAGGAACACGUGUAGACAUCCUCAUGAGGGGAGUGUGAGACGUUGCCUGGUCACUAAUGGUCGCCCGAACAUGUUCAUGUUUCAUUAAAUCUGACCACCAUUUGGACUCUCACCUCAGAUGACCUUGACAUUCAUCCUGUUCUCCCUCCUCGGCUUUCUCUCUCUGCUCUCCACUGCUGUCACUGUUUGUCCCCCCCUCCGCCCCCCUUCUCCCGGCCACACUGGGGAGAGCGUAUGGAGCGGUAUCCCUUGUAGUUUUGACUCCCAGCCAGUUGGAUCCGACGACCUGGACAGCCCACAUCCUUUCUUUUUUACGAGCUCGCCUCGGAUUAAUUGACCACUUAAAGUAAACACAAUUUAGAUGUUGUUUCAGCAAAGCAACAAGGUGAAAUUUGUUGAAGUGUAUUUUUCAGGGGAGCAGCUCUUGCCACCAUAACUCUGAGCGAAACUCCUCGCUCCUCUUUUUUGUGUGUGUGUGUGUGUGUGUGUGUGUGUGUGUGUGUGUGUGUGUAUUUGUUCAACACGCCGGUGCUGCCAGUGAAACUGUCUAAUUCUAAGUGAUGUUGGAAUGAGAGCUAAUAAACGGUCACUUGUCCAAAAGCGGUCGGCUUGCUUUCUCUCGUAUUCUCCUCGCCUCAUCUCCCAUGACUGCUGCGCUCAACAACUGGCACCCGGAGACGCCGUUUGCCACACGAGCUGUGGCCUGCACAUGUGCCAGCGUGGUCUGGUAGCUGUUUUGACAAAGUAAUGAUCUGUGUAUGAACUGGACCACUGCAGGAGUGAGCUC